AAUUCCGGUCCUUUGAAUACAUCACCCCACUUUUGAUAUUCCAAUCCCAUAUCUGGCACCAUGGUUAACAUCAGACAAGCCAAGAAGAAGAGAUCUUCUUUGCCCAAGGCAAAGGCCAAGAGAGCCGGUCUCCUUAAGAGCGGAAAGAAGAAGAUCAAUGUCUUGGGAAAUGCUAUCAUUGCGGAAAACUGGGACCGCAAGCAAACUCUCACCCAAAACUACCGCCGCUUGGGUCUCGUCCACCGCCUCAAUGCUCCCUCCGGUGGUUCUCAGAAGCGCGCAACCGCGGACGGUAUCCAAGGAGAGCCCGAAGAUUCCUUGUACAUCAAGAGCAGCACUGAGGCACUCGCCAAGCAAACCGCCACGAGCGAAAUUAAGGUUGAGCGUGAUCCCGAGACCGGCAAGAUUCUGCGUGUGAUUCGCGGUGCGGCCGACGAAGAGGUCGAAAUUGCCGGACGCAAGGUCAAGCGCAACAACCCGCUGAACGACCCCUUGAACGAGCUGUCGAGUAAUGAGAUUGUCACACAACCCCGCCAGAACGCCUCCGGAAAUGGCAUUGUUGAGCAACUCGAGCGCCAAGCUGCGCAGGAGGGAGUGGCCGUCCGGGCGAAGAAGCCGCGCCAUCAGAGCACCAGAGAGCAAGAGUGGGUGACGAGAUUGAUUGAGAAGCACGGAGACAACUACUCGGCCAUGGCUCGCGACCGGAAAUUGAACCCGAUGCAGCAGACGGAAGGAGACUUGAAGCGGAGGAUCCGCAAGUUGCAGCAGAGCCGGUCAUGAUUGGGAUUUGAAUUGAUGCAUUUCUAUCGGCGAGUAUGGCGUUUUGACAGGGCUGAUUUGGGAUCAAAAGUUGCUUGCGGCUGGAUUGUUGGACCACGUCCGAUUUGUCUCUGCUUUUGCGGUUAUACCAUCUUAUAGACUCCAUCUGUGCAUGUCUGGCACAGGUCGCAAAUGCUAAUACACUUGAUUUGGUCAUCCAACUUGCCGUUCCUGCUUAUGAACAUUAUCACACUAAUUGUACUACCACGUGAGCUCAAGCACAAGCAGCAUGAGCCAU